CCUUCCCUGGUUUCCGGGUCCACGCGGCGAGGGAGCUGCGGCUCUGCCUCCUUCACUAAGAGCGGAAAAUGAACAGAUCCCAGGAACAAGUGUCAUUCAAAGAUGUAUGUGUGGACUUCACUCAGGAAGAGUGGUAUCUGCUGGAUCCUGCUCAGAAGAUACUAUACAGAGAUGUGAUUCUAGAAAAUUACAGCCACCUUGUCUCAGUAGGAUAUUGCUUUACUAAGCCAGAAGUGGUCUUCAAGAUAGAGCAAGGAGAGGAGCCCUGGAUAUUAGAGGCAGGAUUCCCAAGCCACUGCCACCAAGAAGACUGGAAAGUUGAUGACCUGAUAGAGAGCAGCCAGGACAAUGAAGACGAACAUUUUUGGCAACUUGAUUUUACCGCCAACAAAACAUUAAAUAUAGAUAGUGGUGCUAGAGUAAGAAAAACUUUCAAUCUGGGCACAGAUUCUGUUCCUUCAAGAAAUUUUCCAUAUAAGAUAUGUGACUCGUGUGAAAUGAGUUUGAAAAAUAUUUCAGGCUUAAUUAUUAGUAGAAAGAGCUAUUCUGGAAAGAAGCCUGAUGAGUUUAAUGUAUAUGAGAAAUUGCUCCUUGACAUCAGGCAUGAGAAAACUCCUCCUGGAGGGAAAUCUUAUAAAUAUAAUCAAAAAAGAAAUGUGCUCCAUCAUAGUCACGAUCUCAGUCAGCCAAUUUUUGAUCAGCCUUCUGAGUAUAAUGAAAAUGGACAAGCCUUCCAUGAGGAAGCGGCAUUUUUCACAAACAAGAAAAUACAGGUAGGAGAGACGCUCUGUAAAUACAAUGCAUGUGGAAGAACCUUCAUCCACAGUUUAGAACUCAGUUUAUCUCAGAGAACUCAUUUGGAGAUGGAGCCAUAUGAAUGCAGUCUUUGUGGGAAGUCCUUCUAUACUGAUUUAAGAUUGGGACACCAGAGAACUCUUACAGGGGAGACUCCUUAUGAAUAUGACGAAUAUGGGCAAACCUUCUGUGAUGACUCAACUUUCAUUAUCCAUCAGGGAACCUAUGCAAGAAAGAUUCCCCACGAAUAUAAAGUGAGUCAUAAAACGUGGGAAAAGUCAUCCCUCUUUAAACAUCAGAUAGUACACAUGGGCAAAAAACCUUAUGAGCACCAUGAAAAUAGGAAUAACUUCAGCAAGAAGUCCCAUCUCACCCAACUUCGAAGAGCUCACUCAGGAGAAAAAACCUUCGAAUGUGGUGAAUGUGGGAAAACAUUCUGGGAGAAGUCAAACCUCACUCAGCAUCAAAGAACACACACAGGAGAGAAACCCUAUGAAUGUACUGAAUGUGGGAAAUCGUUUUGUCAGAAACCACACCUUACCAACCAUCAGCGAACACAUACAGGAGAAAAACCCUACGCAUGUAAGCAGUGUGGAAAAACGUUCUGCGUAAAGUCAAACCUCACAGAACAUCAGAGAACGCACACCGGGGAAAAACCGUAUGAAUGUAAUACGUGUGGGAAAUCCUUCUGCCACAGGUCAGCCCUAACUGUACAUCAGAGAACACACACAGGAGAGAAACCCUUUAUAUGUAAUGAAUGUGGGAAAUCCUUCUGUGUGAAGUCAAACCUCAUUGUACAUCAAAGAACUCACACAGGGGAGAAACCCUAUAAAUGUAAUGAGUGUGGGAAAACCUUCUGUGAAAAAUCAGCUCUCACUAAACAUCAGAGAACUCACACAGGAGAGAAACCCUAUGAGUGUAACGGAUGUGGGAAAACCUUUAGUCAGAGGUCAGUACUGACGAAACAUCAGAGAAUUCACACGAGGGUGAAAGUUCUUUCAACAUCCUGA